AUGGAGGAUUCAGAAACGAAAGUACCGUUAGCAUGUCGAAUUGCGAGUUUGGUGCAUGCGCAUUUUGAUGGCUUGCCUGCUCGGAGUAAGCCUAAUGUUCGGUCUGAUGGGACGAGGGAAUGGAUUCCUAUGUCGGGGAUUGUGAUUGUGAAGGGGGAAGAUACACCAGAUGAAAAAUUGACUUGUGUGGCUGUUACAUCCGGCGCAAAAUGUCUCUCAGCAUCUCAAGUCCCCAAAAGCAAAGGAUUAGUGCUCCAUGACUGGCACGCUGAGAUCCUCGCGCUUCGCGCAUUCAAUCACUGGCUGUUAUCCGAGUGUCGGAGUUUUAUUGCUCAGGAACGAAGCCAGAGGUCCUCAUUUGAGAAUGAUACAUCAAAGGAGAAGGAAGAGAAAGAGGAAGAGGAAGAGGAAGAAAAAGAGGAAGAGGAAGAGAAAGAGAAAGAGAAAGAGAAAGAGAAAGAGAAAGAGAAAGAGAAAGAGAAAGAGAAAGAGAAAGAGAAAGAGAAAGAGAAAGAGAAAGCGCCGUUUUCUCCAUAUAUCCGACGAAGGCAAGGCCCCGAGGACUCAACGGCAACACUGCCGCCGUUUGAACUCGAACCGGACGUGAAAAUCUACAUGUACUGCACCUGUGCGCCCUGCGGAGACGCAAGCAUGGAACUCUGCAUGGCAGCCCAGGAAGAUCCGACGCCGUGGGAAGUUCCCACGACGACACCAGAUGGUGAGGAUGGGGAGCUUCUAGACGGCCGGGCGCAUUUCUCGCGACUGGGGAUCGUGCGGCGGAAGCCGUCUCGCGCAGAUGCCGAAGCUACGCGGAGUAAGUCGUGUUCGGAUAAGUUGGCCCUGAGGCAGGUUUCGUCGCUGUUGUCGUUUGAGAGUAGUUUGCUUGUGGCCACUACGGGGAAUGCCUAUCUCGAGGGGGUUAUUAUGCCUGAGGGGGAGAUUAGUCGGGUUGGAUGUGAGAGGUGCUUUGGGGAGGAUGGACGAAUGAGUGAGCUCAAGGGGAAGGUUUGGACCCCCGCGGGUGAGAAGGCAGUCGAAGAGCGAGGAUACGGAUGGCGGUUUCGACCGUUUAGGAUCCUGUCGGUGCCUACUGGGCUCGUUGAGGAGCUUUGGGCGUUUGGAAAGUCGGAUCCGAUGGGGGCAUCUGCUUCGAGGAAAAGUAAACCUGCGGUUAUUUCGGCUGUUUGGGCGGCGGCUUCGUCUGUGGCGGUUCCUAGUGUGGUGGAUAAUGGUGCUAAGUCGUUGCCUAAAUUACGUGGUUCUCGGACGGGUUUGUAUGAGACCAUUAUCAAUGGAGUGAAACAGGGGAAUCGGGCGUUGGAGCCUGUGGCACGGGGUGCUUCUGCGUUGUCAAGGGCGAGGCUAUGGGGCCUAUCUAAAGAGAUUGUGCAAUCUUGCGUGGAUGAUCAUGACCAGGAAUCUGGCGUCGAGAUCGGUGUGGAAGAAGGGCAGUUGCCCCUGGGAUUGGAUGUGACGAAGCGGAUUGCGGAGGCCCCGACAUAUCGGGAAUUCAAGAAAGAGCCUACGGCUCUGACUGAGUCACUCGAAGCACGGAGAAGUGCGAUACGAGAAGCCAGACGAGUGUUGAGUGGAUGGGUCCCUAAUCCAGGGGACGAGAAUUGGGGGUUGGAGGUGCUGAUUGAUCCCAAGAAGCGGAAGCGUUGAUCCAAUGCAUGGAAUUUAUAGCAAUGAACAUCAUGACCAUAGCUCUAGUUGAUGUAUAUAUUAAAAAAGUAAUAAUUAUGAAUACAUAGAACGAAA